AUGGGUCUUCUGCCACUGACUUACCGACGACCCCAGCACGUCGACCAGGAGAAAAAUAGGCGGAGUGUCAGCAGCGAUAAUCACUCGGAGAAUGAGAAUGCAUCUCUCGAUUCAGAAGAGUCUGGUGCCUCGGCCGGCGUGCCAGAGGCUUUGACUUUUGAUAAAAUCAUCAGUGGUGGUACUUGUCCUCCAAUGACUAUCCGAGAUUUCAUGAAUUAUCUCAUCUAUAUUGAGCACUCGGCGGAGAACUUACAAUUCUUCCUGUGGUACAGGGACUACGUCAAGCGCUUUGACGAGGCGCACACUUCUGACAAACCACUGGCACCAGAAUGGACUCAGGCCAUGGCGGAAGAGACGCUGGCCAAGAUUAAGAAGGAUGCUGCCGAGAAGAGAAAGACGGACCCUCUGGCGGCGGAGCUCUUCAAGGGAACCGACUUUGAGGGACAAGGGGGCGAGACGAUACCAGAAGGCAGAGACCCCUUCCACACUCCACCGCGAACGCCUGGCAGUGACGACCAGUCGACCCUCUACUCUAGCUCACAUGCGCCAACGUACCGAUCACAGGCGCACGACACAUUCGCGGCAGUGGGCGCAAAGCAACCUUUCACAAUCCAGCCCUUCAGAGCCGAGGUCGACAGAGUCAUUGCCACGUACCUGGCCGCCGACGCGCCUCGCCAGCUCAACCUGUCCAACCACGAGCACAAGGUGACGAUGCACGCCCUGGCAUACACGACGCACCCGUCAGCCUUUCGCCUCAUUGCCAGGACGACCGAGAACACGCUCCGCAAGCAGGCGCACCCCAACUUUGUGCGCUGGUCCAUCUGCAACGGCAACCCGGCGCGCGUCUUUUUCGCGCGCGGCCUCGGCGUCGGCACCAUACUGCUCGCGACCGCGGGCGCCAUUGUGCUCACCCUGAGCCGCGCGGGCCGGGGCUACCGGGCCCUGUUCGCCAUUGGCUGGGUCCUGGGCAUCGCGACGCUGAUUGCGGCGUACAAGGGCAUGUGCGUGGUGCUCCACGGACUGCACCACCGACACAUUCGGCCGUGGGAGCUAUUCGCCGGGGAGGACGAUCACCACCACGACGAACACUCGCUUCCCAAGGGCAGCUUCGACUCCCUGGGUAGCUCCAACAGCUACGAGGACGAGCCGUGGGUGGUCCGGUACGAGAAGCGCAACGUGGUUCGCAAAGUCUUUGAUCGAGAGCUCUGGAUCCAGGAGCCGGCGCUGCGGUCGAUUCAGGACACCAUUUUUGUCCAGGCCAUGGGCAGUGCUCUGGUUCUGAGUGCCAUUCUUACGGCCAUUUUUGUUGCCGUACCUGGCGGACACUUGUUUUAA